CCGGUUGUCAAGGCGCUCUUAGUGCCGACUUGUCCUCGUUGGGACUGGACUGCUCUGUUAUUUCUCGGGUUGAGCUUUUUUCCCCUCUGUUGGAUUUUUUUUACUGUUUUGUUUCAGUGACGGAUUCAAAAUAACUAUCUACUAACAGUUUACCCAAGUUAACUCCGGUGCUCUCCACACAGACACUCUUCUCUGACUGACCGACUGACACAAAGAAGGAACAGUUUUACAUAGUCAUAGGAAGCAGAAACCCUCUUUCUAGAGUGGCCAGAGUGAGAGACGAGCACAUGAGGAGCAGAAACGUCUCGCCAUCAACAUCCUGACGAGUAACCUUGCUUCUGCGCCCCACCACACGCCCUCCGACUCCAGAAGUGGGCGUCAGCAGGAAGGAAACGAGUGACCACUCCUCCUGCAGGCAUGAGGUCCUUCCGUUCCUUCAGCAACGAUGACCGCCACGUCAUGGCGAAACACUCCACCAUCUAUCCCUCCUCGCAAGAGCUGGAAGCGGUUCAGACGCUGGUGUCCACCGUCGAGUGCGCGCUCAAACAAGUCGCCGAUUGGCUGGAUCAGAGCAGCAGCGAUGCCCCCAACAACAGCUUCGACAGCCAACCAGCAGAAAGCACUGAGGAGGAGGAUCCAGCAGAGGAGCCCAGGGAAGAAGCAGAGGAAUCCACAGAGGGAAGCAGUAGAGAGUCUGGCGGUUGUGGCAUGCUCUGCGGAGUGAUGAGGGUCGGUCUGGUGGCUAAAGGACUCCUGAUCAAAGGCGACAUGGACCUGGAGCUGGUGCUGAUGUGCAGAGACAAACCCACACAGACACUGCUGGACACUGUCUGUCACAAUUUACCCACACAGAUCCAGAAGCUGACAGAGGAGAAAUAUGAGGUCACAAGCUCUUUGCCCGAGGCAGCUAUCUUGGUACAAACUACGACAGAUCCAAAGCUUAAGCUGAAGAUCACCCUUACCUCACCAGCCAUGAGGGAAGAUGAAGAUCUAGAGGAGGAGGAGGAGGUGGAGGAGGAGGAGGAAGAAGAGGCGCUGGAGAACGGGGAGCAUGCAGAAGAGGUAGCGGAACAAGCAGAGGAAGAAACUGUAGAAGAGGAGCCGGGGCAGGAAAAUGGUGAAGUGUUGGGUGCUGCUGCGCACACAGUGGAGGCUGAGGAGGAGGGGGAGGUGCUGGAUAGACACAGAUGUCUGUUGGCCCUGGCAGCGCUGCGACACGCCAAAUGGUUUCAGGCUCGAGUGAACGGACUUAAGUCCUGUGUUAUCGUUCUCAGGAUACUAAGAGACAUGUGCAAUAGACACCCCAUGUGGGAACCUCUCAAAGGAUGGCCAUUAGAGCUAAUAUGCGAGAAGGCCAUUGCGACUUGCAACAGACCUCUUGGGGCAGGAGAAGCAUUGCGUCGAGUCAUGGAGUGUCUGGCUUCAGGCAUACUGCUCCCAGGGGGACCAGGUUUACAUGACCCAUGUGAGAAAGAGCCCACGGACACUCUUUCCAACAUGACGGACCAGGAGGCCGAGGCCAUCACCUACGGCGCACAGCAUGCUCUCAGACUCAUGGCAUUUGGACAGAUCUAUAAAGUGUUAGAGAUGGAUCCUCUUCCCUCAAAUAAACCAUCACAGAAAUACCCUUGGUCUGAUAAAGAAGGUGUAGGGCUAAAGAGGCCGUAUGAAGACGGAACAAUGGACGACAAAGACCUCAUUAAGAAGAUGAAGAGGAACCUCAGAAAAGUCCUGGACAGUAAAGCCAUAGACUCCAACCAGCCAAUGAAUGCCCUGAUGCGCUUGAACCAGAUCCGACCAGGGCUGCAGUAUCGCCUGCUGUCCCAGUCGGGGCCGGUUCACGCUCCAGUCUUCACCAUGUCUGUGGAUGUGGACGGAACCGUCUAUGAAGCAUCCGGAUCCUCCAAGAAAACAGCCAAGCUCCACGUUGCUGUCAAGGUUCUCCAGGCAAUGGGCUACCCAACAGGAUUCGACUCAGAUCUGGACCCCAUGAGCUCGGAUGAGAAAUCUGACAGCGAGGGGAAGAGUGAGACCUCUUCACACUCAGGCAAUAACCAAACCCACUCCUCAGAUGGUUCUAACACGCUGGAGGUGCGAACUCAGGGCCCUAUCCUAACGGCAAGUGGGAAAAAUCCUGUAAUGGAGCUAAACGAGAAGCGACGAGGUCUCAAAUACGAGCUCAUCUCCGAGAGCGGAGGCAGCCAUGACAAACGCUUCGUUAUGGAGGUGGAGGUCGACGGGCAGAAGUUUCGUGGGGCAGGCCCUAACAAAAAAGUAGCAAAGGCCAGCGCUGCUCUCGCAGCCCUGGAAAAACUCUUCUCCGGUCCCAACGCCGCUGCAAACAAGAAGAAAAAGAUCCUGCCCCCGACUAAAGGACAACUGGCAGCAGCAGCAGCAGCCUCGGCAGUAGCAGCACAGGUAGCAAGAGGAAGAGGAAGAGCGGCGCUGGCAAGAGGAGCCUUCGUCAGUGCUGCUGCACCUGGAUACGUCACUCCAGGCUUCGGCACGCCGUAUGGAUACAGCCCCGCUGCAGCAGCUGCUCCUGCAUACGGUGGUCUGUUCAUUGACAAUCCUUUCUACCAGCCGCGUACCAUCGCUCCUUUUAUUAUUCACCUCGGUCCGCAGGAUCUUUUCUCUGACUUCUGAAGACAGGAAGCUGUUGGGGGCACUCCUCACGUUUUUUUUUUCUUUCUUUUUUUUGUCUCUACCAAUGGAUACCUGGCUACACACUCGUCCACCUGUUUGUCUGUCUGUCGGUCCGAGCGAGGUCGCCUUUUAUUCUGUGCAGGUUGAUGGAACAGUUCGCUCACAGACUCCAGCAGUUUUGAUUCAAUCAAGGAAACGAUCUUAACCUGCUGACUGAGAGACGCCGCUUUUUGUUUCUCUCUCCUCCCAGAUUAUCCUCCUCAGAGGAGAGCAAAUAUUACGCAAAGCAAUACUCGGAUUUUACGAGAAACGUGAAAGAAUAGGCUGAACUUUGGUCUUUUCGUAUAGCAAUACAUCCGAACUCGUCUCUUUAAGCUACUUGAGAAGAUGUGAAUGUCCCACAGAGGUUUACUCAACACAGCAUUGCAAUAGCUGAUUCUGAUUGUAUAUUCAGUGUAUGUGUGUGACUAUAACAUGACUAUAUACACAUAUACCGAUGGUGUAUUUCUAUAAUGAUGUGUUGAUGAUUAUAACAGUAAUAUAUAAUGAUGUAUUUAUGUAAAUACUCUAUAAAGUCUAAUUAUUGUUAUAAAAUAUUUUAGAAUUAUAAAGUGAAAUGUAACUGUAACAUCACAGCAUAGCUUUCUUCCAGUUUUAUAUACACUGAGCAAUUGAAGCUAGUUCUAGAUAAUGCAAUACUAUCUUUGGUAUCCCUAUUAACCUGUGCUAGUAGAAUAAUAAUGCUUCCUACUUUCCUUCC